AUGGAUACAAUAACAGAUAAUUAAACAGAUGUUUAAGAAUAUUUAAAUAAGGCUGAUGAUUUAUUUAAAGCUUAAUCAAAAGACGAGGCACUAAUUCUUUGUAGUAAGGCUAUUGAAGUAAAUCCUUAGUAUCCUUAAGCAUACUUGAAAAAAGGGAUUAUUCUUAUGGACCUAGAUAAAAAAAAAGAAGCUUCUGAAUACUUUUAAAAAGCUUUAGAAUUAGAUCCUAAAAAUAUUGAAAUAUUAAAAAAAAUAGUUACAUUAAAUAACAAUUAACAAAAAUAUAGUGAAUCACUUUAAUUAUCCAAUUAAUUGAUUUAAAAUGAUCCAUAAAACUUUAUAGGUUACUAUCUUAAAGGAUGUACUUUAAUGAGAACUCUUAGUUAUGAUGAAGCGUUAUUAAAUUUAGAUUAGUCUUUAGAACUAAAUCCUGACUAAUUUAAUGCAUACAACAUAAAAGCAUAUAUAUUAUCAAAAAAAGGCUAAACAAAAGAAGCUAUUUAUUUUUAUGAUAAGGCUAUUAGUUUAAAACCUGAUUACUAGUUAAGCUACACCAAUAAAAUAAUUGAAUUAAAUAAAUUAGGACAAAAGCAAUAAUCAAUAGUAUGUUAUGAUAAGUUGUUAGAAUUAAAUCCUAAAUCAGCAAAUUAUUAUACGAAGAAAGGAAAAUUAUUAAUAGAUUUAAAUCUUUUUGGAGAAGCUGAUUUGUGCUUCAAAAAAGCUAUUGAAUUAGAUCCUAAAGACACUGAUGCUUAUAUUUAAAGAGGCAUUUUAAAUUAUGAAUAGAAACAAUAUGACGAAUCUUUAGAGUCUUUAUAUAGAGCAUUAGAAAUCAACCCAUUUUUAUCAGAAGCUCACUUAUAAAUUGCUGUUCUAUUCAAGACACAAAAAAAAUAUUAAGAGUCUUUAGAGUCAAUAAAUAAGGCUAUUGAUAUUGAUUUUUAAUUUCAAUAAGCUUUUAACAAAAAAGGGGAAUUGCUUCAAAUAUUAGGAAAAGAAACUGAAGCCUUAUAAUGCUUUGAAAAAGCUAUCGAAUUAAAUCCUAAAUAUAAAUUAGCACUGAAUAAUAAAGCUAAAUUACUUGAAUAGUUAAACUAAAAGAAGGAAGCACUCAAUUGCUAUAAAUAUAUAUAAGAAGAAGUAGAGCCUCAAUCAGUUAAUAUCAUUUAAAAAAUAGCAGAUAUAAGUUUCGAUUUAGAACUAUUUGAUUAGUCAUUAAAAUAUUAUAAUAAAGCUUUAGAAAUAAAUCCAAAUUUAUCUAAUCUUUAUUUUAAGAAAUCAUAAAUCUUCUAAAAAAAUGGAUAGAUAAAUGAAGCUUUGGAACAGCUAGAUAAGGCUAUAUAGAUAAGUCCAAAUUAGUAUCAAGGAUAUUUAUAAAAGGGUUUAUUGCUUAGACAAAAUGAUUAGCCUGAAUAAGCACUAACAUAUUUCGAUUUAACUCUUAAGAUAGACUUAAAAAACUACCAGGCUAACUUAUAUAAAGGUUAAAUAUUAAACAACUAAGGAAAUCUCUAAGAAGCUUUAACUUGUUUUAAUUUUAUGAUUCAAACAUGGCCUAAUAUAGAUUAAGGAUAUUCACAUUUAGGAGUUGUGUUAAGAAAAUUAAAGUAGUUUGAUGAAUCAAUUAUUUUCUUGGAUAAAGCAAUUAAAAUCAAUCCUAAAAGUGAUUUAUCUUAUCUAAAUAAAGGCAUAAUUUAUCAUUAAAAAAAUUAAAUAAAGGAAGCAUUAGAACUUUUUAAUAAAAGUAUUGAACUUAAUCCUUCUAAUUAUGAAGCUUACUUUUGUAAAUCCGUCGCUUCUCACUAAUUAAACCUAUAAUAAGAAGCUCUAUAAUCAGUUAAUUAAGCUAUAGAAUUAAAUUAACGAUAUUUAGAAGCCAUUUUAUUUAAAGGUGAACUUCUUUGCUCUGAAUAAAAAUAUGAUGAAUCUUUAGAUAUUUUUAAUAAAGCUAUAAAUAUAAAUUCUUAAUGCUAUAAAGCAUAUUCGAAAAUGGGAAAAUCUCUUUUCUGUAAAAAAAAUUAUAACGAAGCACUAGAAUAUUUGAAUAAAUCUAUAUAAAUAAAUUCUUAAUUUGAUGAAUCAUAUAACACAAAAGGAUCUAUUUUUCUUGCUUUAAAUAAAACUGAUGAAGCACUAUAAUGCUUUAAUUAAGCAAUCAGUUUAAAUGAAAAUAUUCCCUUGUAUUAUGCAAACAGGAUAAGAAUAUAUUUGCAAAUCAAUAACUUUGAAGGUGCAGUUUAAGAUUCUAAAAAAAUAACUCACAUCUUAUAGUAAAAUAACAGAGGUUUAAAACAAAGUUAAGAUAAUCAUGAAUAAUAAUUUUCUAUAAAAAUUUGUUGCUUAAUGAAAAUAAUAAGCAAAGUCUUUAACUAAUUGAGAAGAAAAAUGUUACUCUAGAUUAAGUGA